GGUGGAGGAGGGGACGCAGGGCAUGUGAGUUCGCGCAAGAAGUGCAGCGACGCUAAGCACGGACCCUUGGACGAGUCGCGCCUCCCAACUUUUUGAGAAGAAGUACCUGAGCUUCACAAAACGAUAACAUGAUACGGUCCAGAUCAUCAUGGCAGACCCCAAGCAUCUGCUGGCAGUGUCAAUGGCGACUUGCGAACCAACGACGAUCCUUCGCUCAGAAGACUUUGCGCAAGGACGGACUUGCGCCGAGAAUCGCAUCGAGCCUUCCGCGACGUGCUCUUCAUGACUCCGGACGCAUCUCGCAGAUUGCUCCUCCUUUCUCCGUGACCCCUUCGAUAGACCCAACAUUGCUGCAAUCCGGCCGACACAAGCUAUCUACACGGGAUCAUCUCGAGCAAUGGAACCAGAUUUUCGGUGGCCCAGAUGAGCUGGAAUUGAGUGCUUUCGAGAAGCACCCGGCCCGAAGUGACGUUCAAAACACCGUGGCCAAGCUCAGCUUUGGAAGCAAGGCCGAUGAAGAUGUGGAGGGCGAUGAACAAAUGCGGGAUGCUGAGAAUGAUGACGACGACGAGCUCGUGACCAUCGGACUCUUCUUAUCGCCAGGAGACGUCGUUGAGCUGUCCCAGCCCGGGCGUGAACCAGUCUUGGCUGUGUUUGUGCAACAACUUGACCUCACUAGUCAGUUCUACUCUGUCAACGGACGAUGGACCCUUUCUGGACAGAGUCGCAUCUCCUUUGCUGUUCCUGGGGCAAUCGAUCCCGCCUUAUUGAAGCCUUUGAUUCCCUACAUGCCUACCACGACAGACGGCGUUCGACCAAAGAAUAGUGUUCAAGCACCGCGGGAAAUAGGUGCCCCAGUUCAGGAGCUGCUUUCUCAGCUCACUGAAGAUUCAGAGCGUAUCUACCGAACGAACGCACCGGUGCUGGAUUCCGCUUACUCCACCCUCGCCGAUGCCACCCGCACUCGUAUGAUGACACUAUCGCAGAUUGCGAAGACGCUGCUUGGGAAUAGUGAUCCGACGUGGUCGCCAUCUCCAUCUGCGUUGCUAGCAGUACGUAAGGCGCUUAAGCACAACGAGUUCCGAUUUCGCACAGAUACAAAUUCUCAACGCUUGACGAACAUAUUUGCUAUCAGGCCAAAGGUGGAUGUCGAAAUGGUCGAAACGGUACAUGACUGGGUCCGAGAGUAUAGGGAACAUGAGGCAAUUCUCGCUAGCACAGUUGAUAAGAAGCAGCCCACCCGCGGCGUCGGUGCUCAGUACAUUCACCUCUUUGUGAAGAAGGCCCAGCGGCUUAUCGCAGAAAGUCGACAAAGUCGCGAAUCGAAGUACGGCUUCGUAGGACCCGAUCAUUCUCACUCCACGCAAAAUUCGACCGGUAUAAAGACCACCGUCUCGGGCGAUGAUUUUACCACAGCCGAUCGACAGAUCAUCAGCUUUUUGCAAGCUUGGGUACUCAUGAAUCAAUUUGCUAGCAUGCCGAACUUGCAUGCGGCUUGCGCUUCCAUUCUCCAAGCCAUAGGUUGCUACGGCCACGUAGAGCCGAAAGUGAACCCGCUCUCCGCGAUGGGGAGAUCUGUAGGGCAAUUGCUUCUGCAAGAGAUGGGAGUUGCGACGCCAUUCGAGAAUCGUGUCAUAUACAACGAGAAUUUGAUGUUGCCAACUGUCCGCCUUUCCCGCAAUCUAGAGCUUCUCAACACGAAAGCCGAGCUGACCAGGAGAAACCCCGAUUUCAAGGAUACCAUGGCCGACUUGCGUCGGGAUUGGGGCCCAAUCACGGUUUACUGCAUUGACUCCCCAGGUGCCCACGAAAUUGAUGAUGGUGUUUCCAUCGAGAGAGUACAUGGCAAACCCUCGGAGUACUGGUUACAUGUGCACAUUGCCAACCCAACGGCCUUCUUCAGCAAGACUCACGUUUUGUCUGGGCUCGCUGCUCACAUGACAGAGUCCAUCUACACUCCGGAGAGAUCGUUUCCUAUGUUGCCUUCUUGGGCCUCGCAGAACUAUUUCAGCCUUGCCAGCAACCGGGCUGUGAUCACGUUCAGUGCUCGGAUUGACGAGUCCGGAAACACGCUCGAGAGCAAAAUUCAACACGGCAUCAUAAGAAAUGUUGUCAGCAUCACUCCGGAUGAACUGGCGGCUUAUUUGGAUGAGUAUACACCGCGUGAGACCAAAGGUGGCGAGGCAAUAAGUUUAAUAGUUGGUGCUGGUCACGUUCCCGUCCAAAAAAAGAGUCGUCCCUUACCCAAGUUAGCUCCUGAGCAACUACAAAAUCUACGUGAUUUGUAUGCAGCAGCUCGGUCUUUGUGGAAAGGGCGCAAAGCUGCUGGUGCUGUCCGGUUUUCCAGAGCGGGCCAAGCAGCCAUUUCUGUCUAUCAGAAGCCUGAUGUAGGAGGUUUAACGUGGAUGCCUCCAUCCGUUGAACGAGUCCGCCGAGUGGUUGGCGAUCCCAUCAUCGAGCUUCGCGGCCCUGGAAAUUUCGCCAACAUUGGACAUUUCACCGACGAUAUUGAUUCUAGCAAUAUUGUCGAAGAGAUGAUGGUCCUGGCUUGUCGCACGGCAGGAUCUUGGUGUGCUGAGCGUGGCAUUCCCGUCAUGUUUAGGGGCACAGUGGGGAAUCCGAACUCGCCUUUUUCCCGGAAAGAAUUUUAUGAAAAGGUUCUUUGCCCAGAACUCAAGAAGACCGGCAAGUUGACUCUGCUUACUGUACAAAAUUACAUCACUGCUCUUGGACGUGCUAUAGCACAUUCUUCGCCGAUUCCACAUCAGACCCUGGGCGCCGAAGCUUACAUCAAAGUCACUAGCCCGCUGCGGCGGUUUAGUGACAUGAUUGCUCACUGGCAGAUCGAAGCCGCGAUACGAUUUGAGGCACAUACCGGUCAGAAGCUUGAUGCACGAAUGCUUGCGGAUGCACCCCGUCCCAUUCUACCGUUCUCCCAUCGCCAAAUGCAGGAGUCCAUCAUCACUCUUUCUCCUCGAGAAAAAGUUAUAUCAAAAGCGAAUAAGACGUCCAAUGAAUUCUGGGCUGUGCAAGCAUUCAUGCGAGCGUUCUACUACCAGGAGGCUCCUUUGCCAGACACUUUCACAGUACGAAUUACACGACCAGGCUUACCUGAUGGGUCGACAGCGUUGAUCGAGGGGUAUGGUUUGAGUGUUUUUCUUGCAAAAAAUGGUGACGAAGACCAUCUGGUUGGCGAUCUAUGGGAAGCGAAGAUCAGCCAUAUCGACUCUUUCAAAAGUACAAUGCACGCAGUACCAGUCCGACUUAUCGAUCGAGAGCUCUAGGCACCAGGCGUAAGAUUCGCGGGUAAGCUUUAGACAAGUAGUAGACAAAUCAGUAUCAACUCGGCAACCGCGGAAUUGGCAAGGAAUGUUUCCCCAU